AGCUAAGGUAAAUUUCUACCCCGACUUUGAUAUUGUAUGCUACAUGCUUGUUGAAUUGCUCCAAUGGGUGUCUCAUCAUGCUUAGCAAAUGUGUCCCCUUUCACUAUAUCCUUAAACGCUCCAAAGCUCUUUUCUUCUACAUCCUCACAACGCCGUGAACCGUUAGUCUCAAUCUUGGCCACAACUUCACCCUCUGCUGCUUCAGUUUCGCUCCUCAAAUCCAAGCACCUCCCGCCAGACUUCACUCAGAAGCAGCUUCAGCAUAGUCUUCGCCAGGGGAAAGAUGAAACCUCAGCUUUUAACCUCUUUACAUGGGCUUUAACGCAGCCUGAGUCUGAACCCAGACGGCAGAUUUGUGAAGAGACUCUUCGGAAGCUUGGGAAAGCGGGGUCUUUUGAUGCGAUGAGGCGAGUCUUGGAUAGUAUGAAAGAGUCCAAAGUUGAGAUUGGUGAAGCUACUUUCAUCAUCUUUAUUGAGAGUUAUGCCAAGUUUGAUCUUUAUGAUGAGGCUAUUGGGGUUCUUGAUGUGAUGGAACAGGAGUUUGAUGUGAAACCUGGAAUCUUUAGUUACAACAACUUGUUGAAUGUUCUUGUUGAUGGCAGAAAAUUCAAUAAAUUGGAGAUAGUUGAAGAUGUGGUUUCUAGGAUGUUGAGUGAGGGUUUAAAACCUGAUGUCCCAACUUUUAAUAUACUGAUAAAAGCACUCUGUAAAGCACAUCAAAUUAGGGCUGCAAUUUUGAUGAUGGAAGAUAUGCCUAGACACGGUUUAUCGCCUAAUGAGAAGACCUUUACAACGGUAAUGCGGGGUUAUAUUGAGGAGGGAGAUUUAGAGAAUGCUUUAAGAAUUAGGGACCAAAUGUUUGCAGCUAACUGCCCUCCAACCAAUAUAACAGUUAAUGUUUUGAUUCAUGGGUUCUGUAAAGAAGGUAGGAUUGAAGAAGCUUUAAAUUUUGCACAAGCGAUGUCUAGCCAGGGGUUCUGUCCUGACCGUAUUUCCUUCAACACUUUGAUAAAUGGUUUAUGCAAAGCUGGACAUGUUUGCCAUGCUCUAGAUGUCAUGCAUUUGAUGCUUGAAGAGGGUUUUGAUCCUAAUCUAAUUACCUAUAGCACUGUGAUAACUGGACUUUGUGAAGCGGGUAGAGUGAAGGAGGCGAUUGAGAUCCUCUCUCAGAUGAUUUCGAGGAACUGUUUACCCGAUAGAGUCACGUAUAACACUGUAAUCAGCACCUUGUGUAAAGAGAAUCAAGUGCAGGAAGCCAUUGAGCUUAGUUGUGAUCUUACAAGCGUGGGAAUCUUACCUGAUGUGUGUACUUUUACUUGUCUGAUAAAAGGCCUCUGCUUGAGUAGCAAUUUAGAUUGCGCGAUGGAAUUGUUCCAAGAGAUGAAGACUCUAGGGUAUCAACCAGAUGAGUUCACUUAUAAUAUCCUAAUUAACUACCUUUGUGCAAAUAGGAAAUUGAGUGAAGCUAUGACCCUUUUAAAGGAAAUGGAAUCAAGUGGCUGUGCAAAAAGUGUAAUAACAUAUAAUAUAUUGAUAGGUGGCUUUUGCAAGAACAACAGAAUUGAAGAAGCGGGUGAAAUUUUUUAUAAAAUGGUACUGCAGGGGAUCUCAAGGGACUUGGUGACUUAUAACACCCUCAUUGAUGGUCUUUGUAAGGCCAAGAGGGUGGAGAAGGCAGCUCAGCUUAUGGACCAGAUGAUAAUGGAAGGAUUCAAGCCUGAUAAAUUCACAUACAACUCCAUGCUUUCUCAUUACUGCAAAGCAGGUGAUGUAAAGAAGGCAACUGAUAUUAUUCAGACCAUGACUUCAAAUGGGUGUAAACCAGAUGUUGUUAAUUACCGUACCCUAAUUCAGGGGUUCUGUAAUUCUGGAAAAGUUGAGGUUGCAACUAGGCUGCUCAGAAGCAUCCAGAUGAAAGGGAUGGUUCAAACACCACAGUCAUAUACUCCUAUAAUCCAGGCACUCUUCGGACAGAAGAGAACGGAAGAAGCCAUGAGGCUUUUUAGGGAAAUGGAGGCAAAAGCUGGUCCUCCCGACUACAUAUCAUAUAAAAUUGUUUUCCGGGGCCUUUGCUCUGGUGGAGGACCCAUUGAUGAUGCUGUUAAUUUUGCAGUUGAGAUGAUGAAGAAAGGACAUGUACCUGAGUUCUCUUUAUUCUCAAUUUUGGCGGUAAGGCUUUUCUCUUUAGCCAGAGAGGAGGCUAUAGUUAAGUUCAGUGACAUGAUCAUGAAGGAAGCAGAGUUCUCAGACGAUGAGGAGGGCAGGAUCAAGGGUUUGCUUAAAAUCCGUAAAUUUAAUGAUGCAUUGGCCACUCUUGGCCGUGUCUUAAAUAGACGACAUUAUUGCUAGAGGAAUUACUGAAGGGAAGAAUAGGAGUUGUUGAUUAGCACUGUACUGAAGUGUUUUCUUCUUCAUGAGUGAACUUAUGAUAUGCAAAUGGAUGAGAAAUUUGUCAGCAGGGAGGGGAGAAGAGGCUCUGCUUGUAUAGUAUCUCCAGUUUUGAAGUGUCUCUUUACCUGAUAGAAAUUAGCAAUUCUUAAAGGAUUAGCUGCAAACUAAAAUCUUGUGCUUCUUCAAUCUGCAUUUGCUUUAUGCUUGUGAUAAGAAUGCAAAAGCCUGAUGAUUUGUAU